AUGCUAGAGUACCUUGAUGAAAUCCAUCACGUUGCCAGCGGUCGAUUUGGCGAUGUCUUCAGCGCCGUUUACCGAAGUGGCGAUCGUGUUGUAGAUGUGGCCGUGAAGGUGUUGAAAGAUGAGGAAAGCUGGCAUGCCGAACAGACGAUCUACAUUGAUGUAUUACGUCGAGCAGGCCAUCCCAAUAUCGUGCGCUAUGUGGACGUAGAACGGCGAGAUAACGAGUUUUGGUUGAUCACGGAAUUUAUGAAGGAAGGGAAUCUGCAUGAUUAUCUCAAGGUAGCUUUAUUGAUCCUUUGUUAUCAACGUCGAAACCUUCUUGCGAAGUCAAUCUGCAGAUAG